ACCAUUUUUUAUCCCUAGCUGCCGGAAGGAUACUCUCGAGGAAAUUGGACGGAAACUUCCCCGUCAUAGCUCGGAGAACCACUCGAGGCCUCGUCCGGUUGGUGAGCGCGGCACCCCGCUCCCACAAGGCCCGUCGCAGCCGCUGACUCCAUCGGUCCUCACUGUCCUGUAGUCUCCUUGGUCACCCAACAUCCGCGCGCUGUGCGCAGCCUCGAUCUCCGAUCGGCGAGAUGGCGGAGACGUUGGCCGGCUGGCUGGUGUGCCCGAUCAUCAAGAUCGUGAUGGAUAAGGCAAAAUCUUGCGCUUCCGACAGGAUCAAGAGCCUGGGCGACGGCGUCCCCAAGGCGCUCAAGCGGAUGGAGCACUUGCUGUAUCAGCUCCGCGCCGUGGGGGCCGCCGUCCAGCGGCGGGGCUCUCCGAACGGAUGCGGGGACCCGGACUUCCGUGAGUGGCUACAGCAGCUCAUGGAUGCCGUGUACGAGGCCCUAGACGUCGUCGAUGACUUCGACGACUCUAUGCCGCCGCCUGAAUCCCCCGUCGCCAGGGUCAGCAAGCGGAUCUUCGGCACCGACGAGCGCGUCAACAGGCUCAACGAUGUCGUCGACAAGCUGGAAGCCAUCUCCAAAGCCUCGCCGACACUGAUUCUGACGGCGGAGGCCAACGCGUCGGCGUCGCGCGAACAGAGCGGUCACCUGCCCCCGCUCGGCCGCAUCACGGCCUCGCUGCGCCACCACAAGGACGUGGUGGUUGGGCGCGACUGGGAGCUGCAAAAUAUGGUGUCCUGGCUCGUCGGCGCAGGCGGCGACGCCCAGGUUGUCUCUGUCCCCAUCGCGGCGAUCAUAGGACAUGGCGGGAUGGGGAAGACCACGCUGGCGCAGGUCCUGUUAGAGGACCCGAAUGUGGUCUCCACCUUUGAAAUCAAAAUCUGGAUCCAGCCUUUCCCGACGGACAACGAGCUUGAGCUUGCCAAGAAGAUCCUCCUGGGCGCCGACGUGGGCGUCGACGCCUUCGACGGGCUGACGAAUUUCGACUUGCUACUGAAAAAGAUAAAGGAGAAAGUCUCGUUGCGCAAGUUCCUGCUGGUGAUCGACGACGUCUGGAACAAGGAGAACAUGGGUCAGCAUGAGUACCGAGAGAUGUGGUCCAAGGUGCUGGCGCCCCUCAGCCACGGGGAAAGGGGAAGCAGGAUCGUGGUCACCACCCGUCAAAAGAUGGUAGCGAAUUUGCUGUCCGCAAGCAUGGAGGUCCGGUUGGAUGACUUGCCGGCCAAUGACAUCUGGUCUCUGUUCAAGAGGUAUGCCUUCGGUGGCGAGGACAUUGAUGGUCAGCCUUGUGCACUGCAGGACAUCGGAAGGAAAAUUGCCCAAAAGCUCAAGGGGUCUCCAAUGCUCGCCAAGGCCGUUGGGCAGAUGCUUGAAGGCAACCCCAGUGUCUCCCACUGGAGGAAGGUGCUUGAGAUGGACAUCUUCGACAAUGUUUCCAAGACAUUAGAGUUGUGCUACCAGAAUUUACCGGGCCACCUGCAACCAUGCUUCGCAAUCUGCAGCUUAUUCCCCAAGAACUGGAGGUUCAAGCGCGAUAAGCUGGUGAAGAUUUGGAUGGCCCUUGGUUUCGUGCAGGCAGCGGAUGGGAAAUUGGAGGAUCUGGGAAGUGACUACUUCGAUCAGCUUGUGGCCAGGUCCUUUUUCCAUAGGCAGAAGGUGGGGCGUCGGAGUUACUAUUACAUCCACGACCUUAUGCAUGAUUUGGCCAAGAAGGUUUCUCGGUUUGAUUGUGUGAGAGUUGAAGAUGCAAAGAAGGAGAUCCCCAAGACAGUUCGGCACCUGUCUGUCUGCAGUGAUACCGUGGCACAGCUCAAGAGCCGACCUGAGCUUAAAAGAUUGCACACGUUGCUGAUUCUCAAGAGCCCUUCCUCUUCGCUGGAUCAACUGCCAGGAGAUCUUUUCACAGAGCUGAAAAGCCUUCGAGUUCUUGGUUUGGAAGACUGCAAUAUCAUUCGCCUACCGGAGAGGAUUGGGAACCUUAAGUACAUCAGAUACCUGGCACUUUGCAAAUCAAUCACCAAGCUUCCACAAGCACUGACAAGGCUCUAUCGUCUUCAGACCUUAAGUAGUCCUAAGGGGUCUGGCCUUGAGGUCCCGGAAGAUAUCGUAAACCUGACGCGUCUGAGACAUUUGGACAUGGAUACAUCCAAAAUCACCGGCAUUGGGAAACUGGUUCACCUGCAGGGAUCUGUCAAGUUCCAUGUUAAAAAUGAAAAAGGCCAUACUUUAGGAGACUUGAAUGGUAUGAAUGGUCUUCGUAAAGAGCUUCAUAUCAAGAAUCUUGAUCUUGUAGCGGAUAAACAAGAAGCCUGCCAGGCUGGGCUAAACAAGAAGGAGAAUGUUAAGGUCCUGGAAUUAGAAUGGAACUCGACUGGUAAGAUUGUGCCCUCUAGUGAGGCUGAUGUCUUGGAUGGCCUUGAACCCAACCAAUAUGUUAAAAAGCUUACUGUUAGAAGAUAUCAUGGUGAUAGAUCACCAAACUGGCUUAACACAAGCUUGAAAGUGAGUGUCUUCUACGUUAAAUACCUGCAUUUGGUCAACUGCAGAAAAUGGGAGGUCCUGCCUCCUCUGGGGCAGCUUCCAUGCCUCAAGGCUUUGCGUCUGAAAGAGAUGUGUGCAGUGAAAAAAAUCAGCUUCCGUGACUUCUAUGGAACCAAAUCGACUGCGUUUCCAUCUUUGGAGGAACUUGAAUUCGAUGAUAUGCCUCAAUGGGUUGAGUGGACCCAAGAAGAGAAGAAUAUCGAUGUGCUACCUAAACUCCGUAGGCUGAAGCUUUUGAACUGUCCCAAGCUCGUUAGGUUGCCCCAGCUCCCUCUGUCCGUGAGGAAGGUCUCGGUAAAAAAUACAGGAUUUGUUUCACAGCUGAAACUAUCCCCCUGCUCUUCCUCGCCAUCAAACGCGUGCAAGUUUAAAUUAGAUACGUGCUCUGCCACCAUCCUUACAAAUGGCUUAAUGCACCAGCAACAUAAGGAAUCAAUUGCUACUUUGGCUCUGAGGAACUGUCAAGAUGCAAAGUUUGAAGAGCUUGAGAAGCUGACUUCCCUGAAGAGUCUGCAAAUAUGCCAUUCAAGCAUUAACGAUGGCCAGCUGGGCACUUGUUUGAGGGGAUCGCGAGUACUUACCUGUCUGGAAUUGUCCAACUGCAACAACAUCACAUGCCUUCCACAGAUGGAAGGUUCAGACUGCUUAACAAAAAUGCAUGAGUUACGCAUUCAACAGUGUUCUGAAUUCUCCUCUCUGCGCUCACUGCCAAGUUUUGCGGCUCUAGAAAGUGUAUUGAUUGAAAACUGCUCGAAGAUCACUGCGGGAUCGUUCCCUACCGACUUCAGCAGCAACACCUCUCUGAGAAAACUGGGCAUAAUGAAUUGCGUUGAGCUGGAGUCGUUGCCAAGCGGUUUCCCAUCUUCACUGCAAGUUCUUCAUCUAAUUGGGUGCAAAGCAAGUUUGACGAAGCAACUACAACUCAAGGAUGGACCAGAAUGGGAUAAAGUAGCUAGUAUUCCCAUAAAACAAAUCCGUUGAUUAGAAUGUUGUUAUGAAGAUCAAAAGAGAGAUAGAGUUGAUUCUAGUAUCACAAUCUCAUUGCGGAACACCACGGCGUUGGGUCUUUUCUAGAGUUGCCACCAACAGAGAAGAACGAAAGUACUGAACAGCUUUUGCAGGGAUGCUCGGGAGGCGGAUUAGGCUGAGCAAGAAGACAUCAGACUCACCUUGGGAGAUCCCAACACCUAGAGCCCUCUAGAAGGCGGAGGCAAAGGUGCAGCGUAGGAGUAUAUGAGUUGUAUCUUCUGGUGCUACAUGGCAAACCUCGCAGGUCUUGUCUCCAGGUUCACACUUCACACGACAUUGUGUUAUAUACAUGGUGAUUAGCUAAGGAGGAAAUUAGUGGUGAGGAUUUCAAUCUAGGUUAUUCAACAUUAAGGUCCUGAAUUCUAAGUAAAUAAUUGUACGUGUGGCAGUAUUCUUAAGUAAUUUCCUUAGCUGUGCCUGUGAACAAUAUUAUCCUCAGUUAAACAUUUUAUUUCUUUUACAGCAAGCAAAAAGGACCACACACACCUAUCUUCUAAUCUCUUUGGCAAGAUAGAAAUAUCUGUAUCGACACUUAAAACAGGCAUCAGACCCUAAUUCCACUCUUCUGCAGCCUGCAGGGCAGUGGGCAGGAACU